AUGGUUGAAACGUUUUCUGCUGUGAAAGAACGUAUGCUACUCGACCAAGGUGAUGAAGAUGCUUUUGAAAAGAGGGACGUGGAAGCCCUUCUCUCUUUCAGAAGUGGCAUUGCAGCCGACCCCAUGCAGUCGCUUUCCAGCUGGACUUCAAACAAUUCAGAAAACGUGUGCUCGUGGAAUGGUGUUUGGUGCAGAAAACAUACCCACAGAGUGGUUGCAGUCAUUCUUCCUCAAUUGGGAUUACAAGGUACCAUUUCUCCUUCCAUAGGGAACCUAUCUUUGCUAGCUAAUUUGAAUCUCUCCAGCAAUUCUUUGAUGGGAAGGAUUCCACCUCAGCUUGGCAAACUAAAAGCGUUGCGGUUACUCGACCUCAACACAAAUCUACUGAUGGGUUCCAUCCCCAAAUCUCUUGCUAAUUGCACACAACUUCAGUGGAUCAGACUUUCUACCAACAACUUGACGGGGAUCAUACCAAAAGAAUUUGGUUCUAUGGGUAACUUAGAGCAUCUCCGCUUGUCCCACAAUAGUCUCGAUGGAAGCAUUCCAAAUUCUCUAGGGAGGUGCACGUCUCUGCUUGAUUUGGUCCUGGGCUAUAACAGUCUCACAGGUAGCAUCCCUACUUCUCUCAGUAAUUGCUCUAAUUUAUCUAUCAUUGAUUUUCCGCACAACGCCUUGACUGGUGGCAUCCCGUCUGAACUGGGGAGGUUGGAGAAAUUGCAAAGCCUUGGCCUGCACUCUAACAGGUUGAUGUCUCAAAUCCCUGCAGCUUUGGGUAAUUGUUCUUCACUUGAGGUACUGUUUCUGGGGGGUAACUCGCUGACUGGUAACAUACCACCCGAACUAGGAAAUUUGAAACAGCUUGUCCAAUUAUCACUGUAUGGCCCAGGCAAUCUUACAGGUUCUAUACCUGCAGAAAUAGGAAACUGUAGCAAUCUUGUGUGGCUUGAUGUUGGAUGGAACUACCUAAUGAACGGAUCCCUGCCUCUGAGUAUCUUCAAGCUACCCCUCACCACUCUUUCCUUAAUUCAGAACAAAUUUGUAGGGAGAAUUCCAGAAUUUAUUUCCAAUCUCACCCAGUUAACUUACUUAGAUUUGGCCAUAAACAAAUACACGGGACCGAUUCCCAAUGGCAUUGGAAAUUUGUCAGAGUUAACUUAUCUAAAUCUGGGCGGAAAUAGUUUAACAGGCACCUUGAAACAUUUUACUAGAUUGACCAAGCUUGAAUCACUUUACUUGGGCACUAACAAUUUGACAGGGAUAGUUCCCGAGGCUAUAGGAAACCUCCAACAUUUGAAAUCCCUUGCUUUGGAUACAAACAUUUUCACAGGCGUGCUUCCGGAGUCCAUUGGAAAGCUCCAAUCUUUAGAAAACCUGUAUCUAUUUUCUAACAAUUUCACUGGUCCUAUGCCAGAUAGUUUUGGUAAACUCAUAAAUCUUAAGCAGCUGUUCCUCUCAAGCAGUAACAUUUCCGGGAAUAUUCCACAAUCUAUCAGUGGUUUGAUCUCGCUGGAGCUGUUGGAUUUGUCAGAUAACAACUUGGAUGGAAAUAUUCCUGAGGGUAUCACUAAUUGCACUGCACUCAAGCGCUUAAUUUUGUCCCAAAAUAAGCUGAGUGGAAAGAUUCCACCCUCUAUUGACAGCUGCAACUUGAUGACAGAGUUGAUACUAUCCAGUAACUCUUUGUCAGGUAAAAUUUCCCCCACACUUAGCAACUGGACAUCUUUGAAAAAGUUGAAGUUGUCGGACAAUUUCUUCCAUGGAAAUUUAGAUAUGAUUUAUUCUUCUUCUAUGGAAGUGUUGUCUGCACACUCCAAUAACUUCUCGGGUACUCUUCCUGCAUCCUUGGCCAACUGUAAGGAGCUUCAGCUUUUGGAUUUCAGGAGGAAUCAUUUGAGAGGUGAGCUUCCUUGGUACUUGGCGAAUUUUCAGAAAUUGAGAGUUUUGAGCCUGGGGUAUAAUCAGCUUCACGGUAGCCUUCCUGCAUGGAUGGUAAAUCUCACCAAUUUGCAGGUGUUGGAUUUAUCAAACAAUAAGUUUGAUGGACGAAUACCCUCUAAUCUUGAGAAUCUCAAGGGGUUUGGAGUCCUGGGAGAUCCGCAGCUGAGUGGAAACACAUUGUAUGAGGAAAUACCCAUGGUAAUCAAGGGAAAUGAGUACAGUGUGGAAUAUGUUCUGAGUUCAAACACCGUACUUGACUUAUCAAGUAACAAUCUCAGCGGGCAGAUACCAGAAAGCAUAGGGAAGUUGAGCAGUCUGAGAUUACUAAAUCUCUCUGGAAAUCAUUUGGAAGGUGUGAUACCAGCUUCUCUUGGGCAGAUAUGGACUCUGGAGCAGUUGGACUUGUCUAAAAAUGAGCUAAGAGGGCGCAUUCCUGAGGAGCUGUCUGUAUUGUACCUGUUGGCCUACUUGGAUCUAUCUUCUAACAGUCUUUGUGGACAGAUACCCAAAGGAACGCAGCUAGAGACUUUCACUGCCAGGUCAUUCAAGAAAAAUCUAUGUUUAUGCGGGGGCCCUCUACAGAGUUGCAGCCCAAAAAACAAUGCUUCUGUAGUCCCAUCACCUUUAGCGAAGGCCAAAUCAAUAUGGACUAUAAUUGAUGAAAAUGUGUCCAUGAUUGCUGUGGGGUUGGGUUUCGGGAUUGCAUUUGGUGGAACAAUGGUAUCGAUAAUAUGGUGGGACAGACUUUGGCUUUGCAGUAGGCUCUUCAAAAUCAGAGGCUUUCAUGGAGUUGUGGAAUCGCAAACGUGUAGUUGGAGUUUGGACUACAAUCCGCGUUUUACAUUUCACUCAUCCACAUCCACAUCCACUGGUUAG